AUGCGCGCGCGGGGCAGAGGCGGAGGAGGCGCGGCGGGCCAAUCGGCGCGCUGCUUCUUGAAUGGUGAGGGUGGCGCGCGCCCGGAAGCGGCUGCUCGGUGGAAGUUGAAGGUGCCGCUCGAGCCGCUGAGGCAGGCACCGGAAAGGAUGACCUUUGACUGACCAUCUCUGCAACGGAAGCUGAGCUUUCCCCCCCCACCAUCUGUAACCCAUGUGCAUUCUUUUCUUUAAGUUUGACCCACGUCCUGUGUCCAAAAAUGCCUACAGGCUGAUCCUAGCAGCUAACAGAGAUGAAUAUUACAACAGGCCGUCGAAAUCUGCCGAUUUUUGGGACAGUAGCAGCGAGAUUCUCAGUGGCUUGGAUAUGGAAGAAGGGAAAGAAGGCGGGUCCUGGCUCGGAAUCAGCAAGAAAGGCAAGAUGGCCGCCUUGACCAAUUACAUGCAGCCUCAGAUCAACAAGCAAGCAAAAGGAAGAGGCACCCUGGUGACCAAUUUCUUGAUGUCAGAAAUGGACUGUUACUCUUACUUGAAGAAAGUGGCCUCAGAGGGACAUCUUUACAAUGGCUUUAAUUUGAUAGCAGCCGACUUAAGCACCAAUAACGGAGAUGUAAUUUACUAUUACGGAAACAAAGGAGACCCAGAACCUCUCUUCCUAAAUCCCGGGAUAUACGGCUUGAGCAAUUCUUUGCUGGAUACGCCCUGGAAGAAACUUCAGUACGGAAAACAGCUUUUUUCAGAUGUCAUCAAGCAGAGCCAGAACCUCAAGAAAGAAGACCUGGUCCAGGAACUGAUUAAACUGAUGAAUAACCAGGACCCUCAGCUUCCGGAUCCUGCAAUGGAGGACCAGGGAAAGGAUUUCGUCCUUCCAUUCCUAAACAAGUACGCAGCUCUGUGCGUCCGAUGUCCAGAUUAUGGAACCAGAGCGAACACGGUCAUUCUCGUCGACGUCGAAGGACAGGUCACCUUUACUGAAAGGACCAUGCUGAAUGCAGAUAUCACCCAGUGGAAAACCAGCACUUACCAGUUUCAGCUGCAGAUAUAAUCCCCCUUUCCUACGGAAAUGAGAACAAAUUGCCCAUCUGUCAGGCAAGAACCCAUGUCAGCCAUUCAAGAUCCUUCUUUUAACUUUGCCUAUAGAUCACUGCAGCCUUCGUGGAAGAAAAGAAAAGAAAAGAAAAAAAAAAACACCAAACCAAACUAUUUUUUUCGUGUGUCUGUGUGUGUGCAGAAAAUCCAGAAGAGAAGCAUUCGAUAGAAAAAGCAGACUCUUAUCUUAAAAACAAGCUCUUUUUUUUUUUUUUUUUUUGCACAAAAGGAUCGGUGCUGGGUUUUUUUUGGGGGGGGGAAGGGGAGAGAAAUCACUUAUCUCCUUGAACGGAAUCUCCCCCCCCCCCGUCCCACGAUACACACACAAUUAUUUAACCCGCUUAAAAUGAAUCAUGUAUGAUAACACUUCUAAUUUUUCUGCCUUUCCUUUUGACUGCAGAGAGCUGGAAGGCGAAGCGAUGAAAUGACAAGGGGGUGGGUGGGUGGGGAGUCACAAUUCAGUAUCAGCGAUGCUGUGCUAUCUUUUAAUAUAGCAUUAGCUAUUUGGAAGCAUGUUGUGAUUGUAUAGACCAGUGGUAGUCAACCUGGUCCCUACCACCCUAGUGGGCGUUCCAGCUUUCAUGGUGGACGUUAGGGGUUUUGUCUGAUACUGAAGCACUUUCCUUUUUUUUUUAAUUUAAUUGACUUUUUUUUAAAAAUGUCAUAGCAUUAUUUAAAAAUAUUUUCAUUAGGUUUUCAUAAAAUUCCCCGUGACAAUUUAAAUUUCUGAAAAUAUACUAUUGGUAUCGCCCGUGCAUAAGCUUAGUUCACGUUACGUAAGUGAAACUAAAUGGCGCUAUAGUGCGACCAUGAACAAAAGAGCCUCGUCCCAGAAUAGUUCGCGCAUCUCCCCCCUACACCACCCAGCUGUAACAGACAAGCAGAGCGGGUAGCCGGCGCCCCCCCCAACCCAAUCCACGAUGCGCGAGAGACAUGUGCAGACGACGAUACACGACGCAUUACUGUGGAACCGGUGGGUGGUUAGAAAAUUUUACUACUAACAGAGAUACAAAAGUGGGCGGUAGAUAUAAAAAGGUUGACUACCCCUGGUAUAGAAUGUGGGGUGAUGGUGGUGGUUGUUGUUUUUACAGAGGUGCCUGUAAGAUUAAGGAGAAUUAUUGCAGUUAUUGGACCCAUGGAAAAUCCUGAAAAUCAGAUCAUUGUUUCUUCCUUCUUUUCCUGGCCAUAUCACAAAACCUGGUUUUGAAGCCAGGUUUUGUGACAUGGGCCUUGUUUUGUGACCUGGCCUCAAUGUAUUGAUCAAGAAUCUCGUUUAUUCCAAAUUUCCUUGGGCUUUCUUUUUAAAAAAUUAAAGACCGAGUGAUGUUCUUUCUAGAAUCUGAAGCAGGAAAAAAAAGGGGGGGGGAGACAUAUAAAAGGGGUUCGGCUGGAGAACUCUGGUUUAGCUAAACGCUUCCCUUUGCUGUUUUCUGGAGUGUGGAGUAUGUGUGCGUUUGGGUGUCACAACAUUUGUGGAACUGACGGCGGUGUCAUUCUUGCGCCCUCGUGGGAGGCUGAUUAGUCAUGCUUGUCUAAGACUAAAUUCUUCUUCGCGUGGUAUUAUGUUCCCAUAAUGUCUCUUUUUUUACGUCUACCAAGGAGGGAUUAAAUUCUAUUUAAAGUCAAUCAGGCUUCCUUGGAGUAGCUAAGCAUACAGAAUAACAAGUGUUGGAAGGGGACCUUGGAGGUCUUCCAUCCCAACCCCCUGCUUAAGCAGGAGACCCUACACCACUUCAGACAAAUGGUUAGCCAAUCUCUAGCUACCGGUUCUAUAAUAAUAAUAAUAAUAAUAAUAAUAAUAAUAAUAAUAAUAAUAAUAAUAAUAAUAAUAAUAAUAAUAAUAAUAAUAAUAAUAAUAAUAAUAAUAAUGUUUUAAUUUGUAUACCGCCCUUCUCCCGAAGGACUCAGGGCGGUGCACAGGCAAAUAAAAUACAAACAGAAACAUAUACCAUAAUUAAAACAACCCUUAAAAAACUGAUUCAAAUUUGCCAGAAAAUUUAAAAUAACAUUACACCCCAUAAAAAUUACAGAAAUUUAAAACCCACAAUUAAAAUUUAUAGAAUUUAAAAUCAGGCCAGUCCAGCCAAACGGAAUAAAUAGGUUUUAAGUUCGCGGCGCAAGGUCCUAAGGUCAGGUAGUUGUCGAAGCCCGGGGGGGGAAGCUCGUUCCACAGGGUAGGAGCCCCCACAGAGAAGGCCCUCCCCCUGGGGGCCGCCGUGCGUUUGGGUGUGGCUUGGUGGGUGUGGCAGGGGAAGGUUUCUGCAAAAUCCCCAUUUCCUCCCGAUCAGCUGGGACUCGGGAGGCAGAGAAUAGAUGGGGGCAGGGCCAGUCAGAGGUGGUAUUUACCGGUUCUCCAAACUACUCAAAAUUUCCGCUACUGGUUCUCCAGAACUGGUCAGAACCUGCUGAAACCCACCUCCUGCGCUGUCCUAUCUCCCACUGUGCAAUUGGCAAACCAGACACAGGUGCAGUAAGCUAAAAUACUCUCUAUGGUGCAGCGGUAGGAGGUCACCAGCAGUUUUUCAUUCAGUUGUUGUUUCCUGAGAAGUCUCAAGAUAGUAUAAUCUGCAUUAAGUUUCUUGCUUCUUGUCUUGUCUUCUGGUGGUUUGGAAAAUAGUUGACCCCACUUCGUCGUCGUAGGAGCCCCUCAAAGAUUGGAGCACUGCUAUCUUGUCGCCCUUUCACUGGUUGGUUCGAUUCCUUUGUUCUUUUCCUUCCUCUGGUUGGAAGACUUGCGAUUCAUAAUUGGAGCCACUUUGUCCUCUAGCAUAAAGGAGAGAAUCCGCAUUCCUCCGCUGUAUUAACUGCACACCUUCCAGGCUGCAGUUGUAGCCCGCUGUCCCCGAAGCUAAUCUGGGUUCAUCUCGGCAGGACUUCCGUACCAAUACGUUCAAGGUUUACGCUGCCGUUAAGUUUGGCUUCCCUGAAUUAGUUUCUGGAACGUAAAGCCGGUUACCGAGGUGGCUCUUGCAGAAAAUGAACCCACAUCCCACCUCUUUGAGGUUCUGUGGCAGGAUGGCCAAUUUAAAUGGAGAAGGCACUGCCGGUGGUUUUUAAUAUGUUCCCUUACAGCCGCGGAGGGCUUAAAGUUAAUUCCUCAAAUGUUAGAUUGCUUGCCAGUGGUCAGCCCGCCGCCGAAGGAGGUGCUUGUGUCAAGAAAUAUUAAAAUCCCAGCCACUUUUUUCUGCAGUUUAAACCCCCCUGGAUGAGCCCUUGUUACUUAAAAAAAAGGACUGCCAGAGACUUAUUCCUCAUCGGUUUUGCUUUCUGUCUCUCCUGUGGUAUAGAUAUAUAGAUAUAUAUAUAUUCCAAGUUAGCAUUCCACCGAUGGCUGAAACCAUCCGGGUUUUUUUUACUUUUUUUUGCUUUCCUUACAGUUCUUGGAAGAUUUAAUCAAUGGCUUAGCCUCUCGCCUUCAGGGCCCCAGGUAGCAACAGGAUUCUUACAGGAUGGGAAAUCCAAUUUCAAAGCACAUUAUGCUAUUCAAUGGGCCCAACUCGGUGUAAAACACAGGGAUGUAAAUCCAAUGUUGAAGAAAAAAAAGACCCUAACAGAAGAGAAUCUUCGUAGCUGAGGGUUCAACUGCGGGAUGUUGAGUGAUAGAAUAACAGAGUUGGAAGGGACCUUGGAGGUCUUCUAGUCCAACCCUCUGCUUAGGCAGGAAACCCUCUACCACUUGGCCAACGUCUUCUUAAAAACUCGCAGUGUUGGAGCAUUCACAACCUCAGGAGGCAAGUUGUUCCAUUUAUUAAUUGUUCUCACUGUCAGGAAAUUUCUCCUUGGUUCUAAGUUGCUUCUCUCCUUGAUUAGUUUCCACCCAUUGCUUCUUGUUCUACCCUCAGGUGCCCUGGAGAAUAGUUUGACUCCCUCUUCUUUGUGGCAGCCCCUGAGAUAUUGGAAGACUUCUGUCAUGUCUCCCCUAGUCCUUCUUUUCAUCAAACUAGAUAUACCCAGUUCCAGAACUAGACAUACCCAGUUCCGGUACAUAUUAGGUAGAUGAAUAAAACCUCUAGGGAUGUGGUGGCUCAGGGGCUAGGACAUUGAGCUUGUCGAUCGAAAGGUCAGCAGUUCAGCAGUUCGAAUCCCUAGUGCUGCUGUGUAACGGGGUGAGCUCCCACUACUUGUCCCAUCUUCUGCCAACCUAGCAGUUCGAAAGCACGUAAAAAAUGCAAGUAGGAAAAAUAGGGACCACCUUUGGUGGGAAGGUCACAGCAUUCUGUUGCGCCUUUGGCGUUGAGUCAUGCCGGCCACAUGACCACGGAGAUGUCUUCGGACAGCGCUGGCUCUUCGGCUUUGAAACGGAGAUGAGCACCGCCCCCUAGAGUCGGCAACGACUAGCACGUAUGUGCGAGGGGAACGUUUACCUUUACCUAAUUAUUUGGAAUGCCAUAUAGGCCCUUGUCAACAGGUGCACAUAAACCAUGCAAUUGGCUUUUAGCCCUCUGACACCUUUUAUUUUUCUUCGUGCGUCCCCCUGUUUAGCUCUAAAUGACAGCUCCCAUGUCGGCACAGCGUGAAGUUAUUUGAUCAAUUGUUUUCAAACGUGUAAUUGAUCUACCUAAAACUCCGCCAAAGAAUUCUCCAUGCGGGCGUUCCUUUUAAAUUGUUUAAAGAACUGAGCCUUGGGCUCACCGUGCAAGAUGAAAGCGAAGGGAGGUCGUAAGAGCAUUUCAGAUACAGCCCAGGGAAAAGGUUUAUCAUCCGAGGGUGUGUGGGUUUGUCUUUUUUUCCCCCUCCCUUUGUGUGUGUGUGUGUGUGUGUGUGUGUGUUGUGGAGCUAGGCGAAAGAAUAAGAUUGAAGUUGGCAAACUGGGGGGGGAAAAAACGACAUGCACAAUCACGUAUGGUUUGAGAUUUGAUCCUCCUUUCCUUGUAAGCAGUGGUGGGAUUCAAAAAUUUUGUACUACCGGUUCUGUGGGCGUGGCGUGGUGGGCGUGGCGUGGCUUGGUGGGUGUGGCAGGGGAAAGAUACUGCAAAAUCCCCAUUCCCUCCCCACUCCAGGGGAAGGUUACUGCAAAAUCCCCAUUCCCUCCCCACUCCAGGGGAAGAAUACUGCAAAAUCCCCAUUUCCUCCUGAUCAGCUGGGAUUUGGGAGGCAGAAAAUAGAUGGGGGUGGGGCCAGUCAGAAUUUUUACUACCCAGUUCUCCGAACUACUCAAAAUUUCCGCUACCGGUUCUCCAGAACUGGUCAGAACCUGCUGAAACCCACCUUCUGCUUGUAAGCCUUGAAAAUCAGGGUCACCCAGUAGUAAGGUGAACGUUUGAGUAGGUAAAGACUAUUUUUAAUUUCAUUUAUUCCUGUUUGAAGCGUUGCAGUUAAAAUAAGGCAUACUAUAUCGCAGAAAAAAAUAUAAAAAUAACAAGAUUUUUUUAAAAAAACGUGCAAGUUAAAUACAUCUUGCCGAGAGGUGAAGAUGUACAGGUAGUCCUCGACUUAGAACAGUUCAUUUAGUGACCGUUCAAAGUUACAACGGUACCAAAAAAAGUGACUUACGACCAUUUUUUUCACAGUUACAACUCUUGCAGGCGUCCCCCCAGUCCUGUGGUCAAAAUUCAGGCGCUUGGCUGCUGACUCGGAUUUGUGACGGUUGCAGGGUCCCUGGGAUCCCCUUUUGCGACCUUCCGACAAGCAGCGUCAAUGCCAGAUUCACUUAACAACCGUGUUACUCACUUAAUAACAGCAGUGUUUCAUUUAACCACUGUGGCGCGAAAGGCCGUAAAAAUGGGGCAACGUUCACUGAACCGGCGUCUCACUUAGCGACAAAAAUUUGGGGGGGGGUAUCAAUUGAGGUCCUAAGUCGAGGACAACCUGCAUUCACAGAGGAAGAAUUAACAACUGAUUAUCUUUGGAGACGAACCUGUCUCCCCCAGAAAUAAACCCACCGGUCUGAAUGUUAACAUGCAACUAUCAUCACCUCAAGACCUCGUAGCCUUUGACUCACGCCCCCCAUUUUCUACAUGUAGUCCUUGACUUACAACGGUUCAUUUAGUGCAGGGGUCUCCAACCUUGGUCCCUUUAAGACUUGUGGACUUCAACUCCCAGAGUUCCUCAGCCAGCUUUGCUGGCUGAGGGACUCUGGGAGUUGAAGUCCACAAGUCUUAAAGGGACCAAGGUUGGAGACCCCUGAUUCAGUGCCUAGUAGUUACAACGGCAGUGACUUUUUCACACGACCGUCGCAGGUCACGUCAUCAAAAUUGAGACUCUUGGCAACUGAACUCAUAUUUAUGACGGCGGCGGUGUCCCGGGGUCACGUGAUCCUCUUUUGCGACCGUCCAAAGGGAAGCCAGAUUCGCUUAGCAAACCUAACUAACUUAACAACUGCAGGGAAUCACUUAAACAGAUGUGGCAAGAAAGGUCAUUAAAUGAAGCAAAAUUCACUUACUGAAUGUCUCACUUAACAACAAUAUAAUUUUUUGGGGGGGGUCCAUUGUGAUCGUAAGUCGAGGACUACCUGUACAGUUCAAAUGGACUAGCCAUGCCCAGUUCCUGCAACCUUUCAUAUAUUUUAGCCUCCAGUCCUCUAAUCAUCCUGCUCGCUCUUCUCUGCACUCUUUCUAGAGUCUCAACCUCUUUUUUAAUAGUGUGGUGACCAAAACUGGAUGCAGUAUUCUAGGUGUGGUCUUACUAAGGCUUUAUGGAGUGGUAUUAGUACCUCACUUGAUCUUGAUCUUAUCCCUCUGUUAAUUGGAUCUUUUGGCUGCCGCUGCGCACUGCUGCCUCAUAUUUAAUUGGUUGUGCACUAAGAUUCUAAGAUCCCUCUCACAGUUAAGUGGGAAGAUAUGGAGAGCUAAAUCCUGGCUUGAUCAGGGUUAUGAGUAAAAAGUCUUGAUGCUACCUCACAUUCAGAAACCAAACCGAAUAAAACCGCCUCUGCUUGGUGGUACAACUGUUCAAUCCUAAGCGAACCUUCAGGAGAACUACUUUUUGAGGAUUUUUAGAACAUGAGGGACAAUUCAGAUAUUUGAGGGAACACCCCCCUCCCCCCAAUCUGCAAUCUGGCUUGGUUCACUCCAGGGGUGAAAUGCUACCGAUUCCGAUCAGUUCGGGCGAACCGGUAGUAAAAAAAAAAAUGCUACCAGUUUGGACCGAACCGGUAUUUCCGAUGGUCAGCUGGGCGACGAUCAGCUGUGAUGCGCGAUUUGUAUUAGCUAGAAUCAUUAGAUUUCCUGCUUUCUAGCUAAUCUAAAUCACGUGGCACAGCGUAGUCCCCUCCUUCGCUGUCCUACUUACCUUUGCAGACUCGGAAGGCUUCAAAAUUUUCCUUUUUUUAGCGCUGCACGGGUGUGCCUCAGGCGCGCAUAUGCACACUCGGUAGCAGACUCAGAAUCGAUAGCAGACUUCAAAGGAUUUUACCACUGGUUCACUCAAGUACAAACUACAGAUUGGAAUUGUCGUUCCUGAUCUGACGUGUCUGGCGCAUGAUUUAUUUAGGGACACCAAUUGGCACAUGUGCAAAUCGUAGCCAGGGAAAUAACGUUUGAGAUUAUUUUCGGUACCACAUGUAAAAAUGGCAGCCGAAUUAGCGUUACCUGGAAUACAGGUAAUUCCUCGAUUUACAACCAUUCUGAAAGCGGCUGUUUUGAAGUUACAAAAGCGCUAAGGUGACUUACGACCGCUUCCCGUGCUUAUGAACAUCCAGGCGCAUCUUCUCAAUCAUGUCAUCAAAAUUGAGUACCAUUGGUGACUUUCCAAGGCGGCUUCGAAGAAGCGAAGUCAAUGGAAGGGGAAGACUAAUUUGCUUAACCACGACACUGAUUGACUUAACAACAGUGCGGGCAAAAAGAGUCAUAAAAUCAGGCGCCACUCACUGAACAGCCUCCUUGCUUAGCGACAGACAUUUUGCUCCGAAUUGUCGUAAACCGAGAACUACCUGCGUGCUCCCUAUUGGGGAGGCUUUUGAGGAAUUCGCUAAAGGGUAGCUUAGCUUUUAACCUCAGUUAAAUUUAAAUUUAAGAUUUUGGGGUUUCUCAGGGUCACCGAAAUAUGACUUUUUUAAAAAAAAUAAUAAUAAUCCACUCCUUUUUGAAGCUUGUUUGAUAUUGUCACAUUCGCCUGUAUGCAAACGUAGCCAAAUAAACUGAUUGAUAAAUCUU